UGUCCGCCAUUUGCCAGCUUGAAUUCGCAAAGAACGCAUCGUUUUCCGUGUCAUAAAAUCUAAACUAAAGUGCCGCCAAAAUGGAGAACUGUCGUACACCCACAAACAAGACCAAAAUUACCUUUAACCGGACUCCAACGUUAAAGGAGCGCAGAUGGAACACUCUGAAGGUGAACACCACCAAUGUGCGCUGCUCCACUCCGAUUUUCGGCAACUUCCGUUCGCCGAAUCUCUCGCCCAUCGAGAAUAUGGGCACGAAGAAGAGUCCGGCUUCACCCAUGCUGUUCAAGAAGCCGCCGCUGAAGGUACACCAUCAACAGCAACACCACCAGCAUAUUCAUCGCAAUCACCUCAAACCGCCGGUCUUCAAUUUGCCCAAAGCGCAGGAGGAGAUCAUCGAGCCGGAGCGGGAAUCCAAGAGCUGCAGCAGCCCGGACACCUGUUCGGAUGACUCGAAUAUGGAGACCUCGAUGGCCCGGGAGUCGCGUCGCCGUUCCAUAAAGGCAUCCAACCACUCGUACGUAGUCAACCAUGCCGCCAAUGUGGAGCAGAUUCUCAUGCACAUGGGCCUGGAGAACUAUGUGACCAACUUCGAGGAGGCUCACAUCGACCUGGUGGAACUGGCCUCCAUGGAGCGGGCUGAUCUCAUCAAAAUUGGCCUAAACACCGAUGAGGAUUGCAACCGCAUUAUGGAUGUCCUCCACACUCUUUAAUCGGAUCGCUGGAAGGUCCAAUAU